AUGAAGCAUAAGGUGGCCAUCCUUGGAUCCGGCAACUGGGGCUCUGCCAUCGCGAAGGUGGUGGGGCAAAACGUGAGGCAACACCCGGAACUAUUCGAGGACGAGGUCCGGAUGUACGUCUACGAAGAGCUCGUCGACGGCGAGCGCUACCUGACCUCCAUCAUCAACACCAACCACGAGAACGUCAAGUACCUGCCGGGCGUGAAGCUGCCGGACAACAUCGUGGCCGACCCCGACCCGAUCCGCACCGCCGAGGACGCGACGCUGCUCAUAUUCGUUCUGCCGCACCAGUUUGUCAACUCGCUGUGCCACAAGCUCAAGGGCAAGCUCCACCACCGGGCCAAGGCCAUUUCCCUCAUCAAGGGUAUGGCUUUCAAUGAGAAAGGUCCCGUGCUGAUCUCGAGCAUUAUCGAGGACAUUCUGGGCAUCGAUGUGAGCGUCCUUUGCGGAGCCAACAUCGCCAAGGACGUGGCCUGGGAGCACUUCUCCGAGACCACCGUCGGCUACAAGGACAAGGAGGUGGCCCAGGUCUGGAAGCAGGUGUUCCACAGUCCUUCGUUCAACGUGGGCCUGGUGGAGGAUAUUGCGGGCGUGGAGCUGUGCGGCGCGCUGAAGAAUAUUAUCGCUGUGGGCCUGGGCAUGGCCGACGGCCUCGGGGCCGGCGCCAACACGAAGGCAGCCAUCAUGAGGAUCGGUCUCGCUGAGAUGCGACGGUUCGCCGAAACCUUCUUCAAGGGAGUGAAGCAGGAGACCUUCUUCGAGAGCUGUGGUGUGGCGGACCUUAUUGUUACCUGCUUCUUCGGACGCAACCGCAAGGUGGCCGCCGCCUUUGUCAAGCAGAAGAAGAGCUUCGAGCAACUGGAGAAGGAGAUGCUUCAUGGCCAGAAGCUGCAGGGCACCCUGACGGCCCAGGAGGUGAACACCAUUCUCAAGCGAGCCAACCUCACCCACAGGCACAACUUCACCCCCUGCCUUCUGCGCCUCGUGAUGCGAAAGUUCCCCCUCAUGACCACCAUCUACGAGGUGUGCUUCGAGAAGAAGGACCCGCACAGCCUGACCGAUUCCGGCAUCGCCUCUCCCCACGCCUUGGCUCUUCUUCAGCAUCCGCCUCGAUCUGGUUCGGUGUAG